GAUUGUGUAUUUUGCGGGUUUUUCCGAUCUGGAAUCGAAUUUCUUAUCUUCUUGUUCGUGGAUUGUUCGAAUAAAGUAAAUAGCUUCACUUGCAACGAAAAAGAAUGAGCCAAAAUCGUGGUAACAGACGAAACCACCAUGGACGAAGCGGCGGACGUGGUGGUGGAAGCGGCGCUGGAGGCGGUGGCCGGCGUGGAGGAGGUAGAGAUGGGCAAAAUGCCGGUUCUUUGGAUGAAACAAAUCCCAUUAUCCAGAGUUUCCGCGGAUACGCCCGUGAACUUGAUGCGAAGCAUGAUCGCCACGAGCGGAUUGUUAAGUGCAGCCGAGAUAUAACGAUCGAAAGCAAGCGGAUUAUCUUCCUGCUACACACGAUUGAUCCCAGGAAAAAUAACGAUGCUAAAGUUUGUGAGGAAGCGAAGCAGCGUCUGGAGAAUCUGUUCCGCAACCAGUUUUUCUCCAUCGCAAAGGAACUACGCGGCCAAGAUGCCUACCAGUAUGCACGGGCGUAUACUCACGGUAUGCAGGAGUUCAUCGAAGCUUAUUCCUUCUACGAGUACUCAAGCGGCCAGGACAUCUCGCACUGGCAGGCGGUGCAGGAAAAGUUACGCUACAAACACGAUGCUACGCCACCAGUGAAGCAAGAAUCCGCCAACGAACCGAACGAGUCAAACACAGUGGCAGUUCCCGAGGGUACUGAAGGGCAAACAGAAACAGAAUCUCCUUCAACCACAGCGAGCGAUAGCAAGGCAACAAUCGAGAGCGUUUGUUUGCUGCAGCCACUUGAUUUCGUGCUCGGUUUGGGGGAUCUGAGUGGAGAGAUUAUGCGAAAGUGCAUCAACGGGCUGGGCUCGGGGCAGGUCGAUAGUUGCUUCGGGCAUUGUCGCUUCAUGCAGGAUCUGUACCGCGGAUUUCUGAGUGUGUCAUCAGCCCGCAGUCGUGACUUUACGCACAAAAUGGGCACCUUGCGCCAGAGUUUAGUGAAGAGCGAAAACGUGUGCUACAAUGUGACGAUGCGCGGUGGUGAGGCAGCAAAAUGGGGUGGUGGUCCAUCGGAUGAAGCAUUCGCAAGCUUCGUAGGAAACGCAAACUUCGAAGCAGCUGAAGAAGACGAAGGAGUUUACUUUUAAGACAGCGAUUUGCUUUACAUUUUUUGAAUUCCAACCCAUACAACAUUCGCAGGAUCCCGCUGGUCCUUCUAUCCACAUUGAUUGUUUUCUUUGUUUUAAUAAUUAUCCUUCAUAUCGUUUUUGAAUUUCAUUCAAAACUUCACUGCUUCAAUUGGGAAUAAACGGCUCCGGAUAAUGGACAUGAAGCUCCGGAAAUCAA